CCAAACCAGCAGCAUGUUCCGACGCACUAAGAGCUGUCGUACAAGCAACAGGAAAAGUCUGAUCCUGACCACCACAUCUCCCACGCUGCCUCGCCCACACUCCCCCCUCCCCGGACACCUUGCAGGAAGCAGCCCUCUGGACAGCCCACGAAACUUCUCCCCCAGCAACCCGGCGCACUUCUCGUUCGCCUCCUCCAGAAGAGCGGACGGACGACGAUGGUCUUUGGCAUCUUUACCCUCUUCCGGAUAUGGCACCAAUACUCCCAGCUCAACGUCCUCCAGCUCCUCUCAGGAGCGACUGCACCAGCUGCCCUUCCAGCCCACCAUGGAUGAGCUCCACUUCUUAUCCAAGCACUUUGGCAGCACGGAGAGCAUCACAGAUGAUGACGGGGGCCGCUGCUCUCCCCACAUGCGCCCCCGCUCCCGCAGUCUCAGCCCAGGACGUUCCUCCUCCUGCUAUGAUAAUGAGAUCGUCAUGAUGAACCAUGUGUACAGAGAGCGCUUUCCAAAGGCCACGGCGCAGAUGGAGGGGAGGCUGGCCGAGUUCAUCCAGGCCUUCUCUCCCGAAAACGUUCUUCCGCUGGCCGACGGAGUCCUCAGCUUCAUUCACCACCAGAUAGCUGAGCUGUCCAGAGACUGCCUGACCAAAGCCCGCGAGGGCCUCAUCACGUCUGUCUACUUCUUUGAGCUGCAGGAGAACCUGGAGAAGCUUCUUCAUGAUGCCUUUGAGCGUUCAGAGAGCUCUGAAGUAGCCUUCGUCACAGAGUUGGCUAAGAAGCUUCUCAUCAUCAUCUCCCGACCUGCCAGGCUUCUGGAGUGUCUGGAGUUUAAUCCUGAGGAGUUCUACCAUCUGCUGGAGGCAGCAGAGGAUCACGCCAAGGAGGGUCACCUGAUGAAGACGGACAUUCCUCGUUACAUCAUCAGCCAGCUGGGACUGACCAGAGACCCCAUUGAAGAGAUGGUAAACCUCGAUAGUUACGACAGCGAGGGGCCGCUGACGCCUGAAACAGAUGACUCUACAGAGGGCAAGAUCAGAGCAAUGAAGCCACCAGGAGAAGCAGACUUCCAGACCAUCAAGCUGAUCAGUAAUGGAGCGUAUGGCGCUGUGUACCUGGUGCGUCACCUGGAGACCCGCCAGCGAUUUGCCAUGAAGAAGAUCAAUAAGCAAAACCUGAUCCUGAGGAACCAAAUCCAGCAGGCCUUUGUGGAAAGAGACAUCCUCACCUUCGCAGAGAAUCCCUUUGUCGUCUCCAUGUUCUGUUCUUUCGAAACCCGUCGACACCUCUGCAUGGUCAUGGAGUACGUAGAAGGUGGAGACUGUGCCACUCUGCUGAAGAACAUCGGGGCUCUGCCUGUGGAAAUGGCACGCAUGUACUUUGCAGAGACCGUUCUAGCCCUGGAGUACUUACACAACUAUGGCAUUGUGCACCGUGACCUCAAGCCUGACAACCUGCUGAUCACUUCAAUGGGCCACAUCAAGCUCACAGACUUUGGCCUCUCUAAGAUGGGUCUGAUGAGUCUGACCACCAACUUGUAUGAAGGACACAUAGAGAAGGAUACUCGGGAGUUCUUGGAUAAACAGGUGUGUGGAACUCCAGAGUACAUUGCACCAGAGGUUAUUCUUCGUCAAGGUUAUGGCAAGCCAGUGGACUGGUGGGCUAUGGGCAUCAUCCUGUAUGAGUUCCUGGUGGGCUGCGUGCCUUUCUUUGGAGACACUCCUGAGGAGCUGUUCGGACAGGUCAUUACAGAUGACAUUGUGUGGCCAGAAGGGGAUGAGGCUCUCCCUGUUGAUGCCCAGCACCUGAUCUCCUCCCUUCUGCAGACAAAUCCACUGGUUAGACUGGGCACAGGUGGUGCUUUCGAAGUGAAGCAGCACUCAUUCUUCACCGAGGUGAACUGGAACAGCCUCCUGAGACAGAAGGCAGAGUUCAUUCCUCACCUGGAGUCUGAGGAGGACACCAGUUAUUUUGACACCCGAUCUGAGCGCUACCAUCACGUGCAGUCAUACGAUGAGGACGACACCAACGACGAUGAGCCUGUGGAGAUACAUCGCUUCUCAUCCUGCUCCCCUCGCUUCAGCAAGGUGUACAGCAGUAUGGAGCAUCUGUCCCAGCUGGAGCAUAAACCCCCUGGUGUGACUCUACGGGAGCACAAGGUCCCCAGGGAGGAUCGAGUGGCCAAGAGAGAAAGCCUGGGUAGCCUCACCCUCAGGGACAAGAGCUGGAGGACUGGAUCGCCCGAGAUGAAGCGCUUGUCCUGCUCUGAGUCCUCCUUUACCGAGAGCGACUCCAGCCCACCGUCCGGGGCCCGAAGACGUUUCUCCGCCCUCAUGGACACACAUCGCCUGGCCUCUCCUCUGGAAGUGGACUCUGAGAAGCCUGUCCCUACCAGGCAGCCUCCAGUGAAGGCCAGGGGGGCCUCCCUGGAAGGAGCCAUGGGUGCCAUCACCUCUCAAGGAGAUCUGAGACCACUCCUUAAAGACAGCAACGUGCUCACAGCUGCAGACAAGCAUUUGAGACCGGCUGAUGCAUCGUUGCCUCUACCAGGCAGCGCUACUGUUCUGGGGCUUCCAGAGCCACAGGGGCCCCGUGGGGCCACCACUGACCUGGUGCUACGAAGGGUCCGCCACCAGCAGCUCUCAGCUGAAGGGGAGAAACGUAACUCACGACCAGGAACCAAAGUCAUCAAGUCUGCUUCUGCUACUGCCUUGUCUGUCAUCAUUCCUGCAGUGGAGCAACAUGGUGCCUCCCCUCUGGCGAGCCCCAUGUCUCCUCGCUCCCUCUCCUCCAACCCCUCCUCCCGUGACUCUUCUCCCAGCAGAGACUACUCUCCCAUGGUCAACAUCCCGCAUUCUCCAAUCACCAUCCAUCGCUCUGGGAAGAAGUAUGGCUUCACUCUCCGAGCCAUCAGAGUCUACAUGGGAGACAGUGAUGUCUACAGCGUACAUCACAUGGUCUGGCAUGUGGAGGAUGGAGGUCCCGCCCAGGAGGCUGGACUUAGUGCUGGUGACCUCAUCACUCAUGUAAACGGCGAGUCAGUCCAUGGUCUGGUCCAUACAGAGGUGGUGGAGCUCAUCCUGAAGAGUGGACACAAGGUGACAGUUACAACUACUCCUUUUGAGAACACCUCUAUAAAAGUGGGUCCUGCCCGCAAGUCCAGCUAUAAAUCCAAGAUGGCACGGCGCAGCAAGAGGACAGGAGCCAAGGAGGGACAAGAUAAGAAGCGCAGCUCCCUGUUCAGGAAAAUCACCAAGCAGUCCAACCUGCUCCACACCAGCCGGAGCCUCUCCUCUUUAAAUCGCUCUCUUUCAUCUGGAGACAGUCUCCCAGGCUCCCCCACUCACAGCCUCUCGGCCCGCUCGCCCACUCAGAGCUACCGCUCCACUCUUGAAUCUCCUUACCUGGGCACCUCGUCCCAGAGCAGCUCCCCAGCAUCCAGUACCCCGAACUCCCCAGCAGCCUCUCAUCACAUGAGGCCCAGCUCCCUGCACGGCCUGUCUCCUAAACUCCACCGCCAGUACCGCUCCGCGCGCUGCAAAUCUGCCGGCAACAUCCCUUUGUCCCCCCUGGCUCACACCCCCUCCCCGACCACCUCCUCUCCUCCACCUCUCACUGGUCACACGGUGGGGAGCUCCAACACCACACAGAUGUUUCCUGCCAAGCUGCACUCCUCGCCUCCUGUUGCCCGCCCCCGUCCUAAAAGUGCAGAGCCUCCCAGGUCCCCCCUGCUGCAGCGGGUGCAAUCAGCGGAAAAGCUAGGAGCGCCAAUGCUGCCUUCUUCUUCCUCAUCAUCAUCAUCACCGUCUCCUUUGACCGGCGGGGUGUCAUUACGCAAGCAUAGUCUGGAAGUGGCACACGGGGACUACAGGAGAGAGUCCUUCCACUGUGAGCACAGCCUACAAAGUUUGCUAGAGAUGGAAGGAGAGAAUGGACCUGCUCCCCCGUCUCCUUCAUCCUCUUCCUCCCCCUCUCCUCCAAUGGGAGGGGAGAUUGGAGGCCUGAAGCCUGUUAGGAGGCUGGGAAGGCAGGAGUCACCACUCAGCCGGGACACACUGGUCACAGCAAGAGAGAAAGAUACCCAGACCACAGCGUCUGAGCUCACCGCGUCGCAAACCGAGAGCAUAGCUAGUAAAGCUGACUCCAAGACCAAUGUUGUUGAUGCAAGUAAAACCUUAUCCAGUGCUGAGGCCCUAAAGAAAAGCAUAAGUGUAGCUGCAGUGGAGACCAAGUCUAGUCCAGCACUGGCUUCAUCCACUGCAGAGUCCAGUCCUGGACCAGGGGACAAACCUCAAAAUGCAAGCAGCUCAAAGUCUGAGGCAACAGUCUCUAAGAGUCAACUCAGUGAGAAACUCUCAACAGCCAGCACGUCAAAGGGCCUCCAACAGCAAGACAGCAAGCAGCAGAGUGCGCAGACGGACAGCGGACCUGCAGCUAAAGCUCAGGAGAAGACUGAGGAGAAGAUGAAAAGCACCGCAGGUACAGACAAAGCUAACAUGCAGAAAGUAUCAUCUGCAGAGCAGUCCAAGCCACGGAAAGGCACAGAGAUGGGAGAGAAAGGAGGAAUCAGUGGCAGUGUUAAAGGAACUGAAACGAUCAAAGUCAAAGGACCUGCACCCCCAGUCCCCACUCAGGUUCAAAGCCACGCUGCAGCUCAUGUGCCACCUGCCCCCAGAUCCAAAGUGGAGAAGGUAUCAAACAGUUACCGUGGGGCCAAGGAGGAGAGGGCCCACCUGGAGGUCCUGGAAGAGAAUCCCACAUCACCGUCCUCCAAUGCAGCUUCACCCUGCUCGAGCAAGUCUCGCCCUAUGUCUCCAGGGGACAAAGCCAGCUUUGUCACCCAGCUCACGAGUGUGGCCAAAACAGUGCUCGGGCCUAUGAAAGGGGGAUUGCAAGACGGCGUCAAGGCAAAAGACACCCCCAAGUCAAGUGAGGAGAAGCGAGGAAACACAGCAGGAAAACCAGAGGCUUCGUCCGGGGGCGGCCGCCGGGGGGCGCAGACAGCGACCUCAGCAAGCCCCGGCGCUGUCCAGUCUGAUAAAGGAAACAGUCGCUCCAAGCAUCAUUCGUGAUACGAGGGCUUGAGAAAGAGUCGGACUCUCCCAUGUAAUGCCUUUUACUGUAGCAUCACACUGACAUAUCAUGAAUUAACAUGACUUUGAAUGGAGGGGAGACAUGAAUGCCUGAAGACAUAACACCAAAUAGAUGACGUGUGACAUGUAGACACAUAAGAUGUGAACAAAGAUGC